AUGAAGAGGUCAAGCUGUGAGGGGUCUCCUUUUCGUUUCGUCUUCGAAAUUCGCUACACCGUAUUGCGCUUCCACUCCUUCUCCCUUUGCCGCCUUCAACGCUUCUGCUCGACGCCCAUCACGAUCCAACUCGAUCAUCGACAUGCCACCAUCCUCUAUCAAGCUUCGCUCCCUAUCCUAGCUCCCAUUCGAGCUCGUCAAUGUUUUGAUCCUCUUCGACACUUGUGCUUUCUUCACCUCGGUCUCGACCCUUCCUUUCAUCAGUUGCUCGGAUCUUCUCGCUGGCACAACAGCGACACUCAGCGCCCUUCUCCGUGUCCAAUACCUUUCGCAGCCACGUUCAAGGACUCCGGUCAAAACGGCUGCUACUAUCGAGUUACGAACCAGCAUCGUAUUUUCGCUCGCCGGCUAUCUUCCUGUAGAUCCUCUUGCAAGCGUAUCCCGUUCGUCAUCGCGUCUAUUCGCGACUUCGUCGUCGUCGCUCGCUUCGCCACGACGCUCCCCUCCAGACAACUUCCUCUUUGCGUAAAGCUGCCCUUUCCAUCCGGAUGA